UAUUGAUCGACUCCGUUCUCCUAUACUUCUCUUUCUUCUUCCGGUGAGAUAUCUGGAAAACCGAAACCGCGAUUUAGCUGGUUUCAAUCCCUUUUCUUCGGACGAGCAAAGUUCGCUUCAAGCCAACAUGAGUAGUAGGCCAAUGGAAGAGGAUACCAACCAGGGAAAGACCGAAGAGGAGGAGUUCAACACGGGACCCCUUUCUGUUCUAAUGAUGAGUGUUAAGAACAACACUCAAGUGUUGAUCAACUGCCGCAACAACCGGAAGCUCCUUGGCCGUGUUAGGGCUUUCGACAGGCACUGCAACAUGGUUCUCGAAAAUGUCAGAGAAAUGUGGACUGAGGUACCUAAAACUGGGAAAGGAAAGAAGAAAGCUCUUCCCGUCAACAGAGAUCGCUUCAUCAGCAAGAUGUUUCUCCGUGGUGACUCUGUCAUUAUCGUCCUCAGGAAUCCCAAGUAAGACGGAAAGAGUUUAAGAUGUCUACUCUGAGUUGUCUUGUUCACGCUUCUCGUGACAGUCCUGAUUGUUGUAUCAAUGGAGAUACAUCUUUCAUUAUGAGUCUUAAAAUCUAGUGUUCCCCUUGUAUUUUUCACUUGUGUUCUCUCUUAUGACUAAGACGCAGCGUUGAUCA